CACCUGAAAAUUGACAUAAUGAAUUUAAAACAGACAAACAAGGCGAUUCAAUAUAAAAGGACAUUUAAAAACAGUUUAAAACAAGGAUUCAACAAUUUUCAUCUAAAAGUGGUGGUGAUUUGAGAUCCUAUUAAUGGAAAUCUCAUAUAGUGUUUCUUCUUGUGUCACCUUUUAAGCCUUCCAAUGUCAUUAACAAUCAGAGCCUAUAAUUCCCAAUAGGCACAGACUCACCAACUACCCCAGAACUUCUUCUCAAGAGUUAACCUUACUGUGGGUAUUGUCUGUGCCGGGUACGUUCCACAGCUGCCGCGGAAUCUUCCACCCAGUUGUGGAUCAGAAAGAACUCCCCACAGUCUUUCUCCAUCAAAUCCACCACCCACACGCAAAACCAUAAAUCUUAAAAUCAUUUAAAAAAAAAUAAUCAUGAGAUGAAAUAAAUCAUAGUAAGUCAGAAAAUCAUGAAAUCAUAAAAUCAUAGAAUUGCAGAAUCAUUACAUCAAGUAAUAUAUAGCAUUUUUAAAGGAGUUGCAGCAGCGUGAAGCGUAAAAAGAAAGAGUUUCAGACCUGUACCGGAAAAAUCAGAGCUAGUUAAAGGCUACGCUGAACAGACAUGUUUUUAGCUUUCUCUUAACUAGCCUAUAUUUAGCGAGCUAGCUUCCCUGAUAUCUACAGGUAGUGUAUUCCGUAGCUAAAAGCUGCAUUCCCGAUCUUCUUCCCGCUGUUGCUGGGAACCUCUGAUAAACCAGCAGCAGAUUAUUGCAGUGCAGUGGAGGCAAACAGUGGAGUUAGCAAUGUAGCUUGGUCCCAGCCCGUUUAGAACUUUGUAUAGAAGGAGGAGGACCUUAAAAUCAAUUCUAAAUGUAACAGGAGGCCACUGCAGAGCAGUUCAGACUGGUCUUAUGUGCUCUCUCCUCUUGGUUCUGGUUAAUAGCUGAGCUGCAGAGUUUUGAAUGAGCUAAAGUCCCUCAGUGGUGUUUUUAGGGAUACCAGUAAAAAGUGCGAUACAGUGGUCAAGUUGGCUUGAAAUAAAGGCAUGAAUCCAUUUUUCUGCAUCUCUUUCAUUUAGAAAAUGUGUUUUUAAAAAUGUGUGAUGUUCAUAUAUUCAGUGGGCAGCAUACCCUGGAAGUAAAUCCUGAGGCCAAAAACUUGUUUGGCAGUACUCCAGGUGAGCAAAGCCAUUGGACUGAAUAGGCACCAUCUUGGCGUGUAGUAUCAAGUUGUUAUUAUGCAGGUGUACCUCAUCCAUAGAGUCCACCAUGUUGUUUCUACAGUAGCCUGUAACAGAUAAAACAGCACUGGCUCUGGAUAGGGCCAUUUGUGUAUUUACAUUGGCUACUGUAGCUCUCCUACAUGCUUGGCCCCAUAGACUGUAAAAAUAAUGGACGUAGCUAUGAUAACGUCACACAACACCCAUUUUUUUUAAGACUCGAGUUUGGCAUUAUGGUCGUCGCCAUCUUGGUUUUUUGGAGCCAGAAGAGACCAUAAUUGGGUGAGACGCUGGUGCUGUGAGAGGGGUUGACUGAGUCUGACUGAGAAGCUCAAGCAGCCCCGCAUGCAUAACUUAAAGCCCUAAUAAAAUGGAAACAGUUGAGUUAUAAAAAAAAAAAAAAAAUCCCCCUCUGCACAAUUGUCAUGAAGGGUGAAACAAGCCGUAGAGACCAAAACUGUUUUUUGUACCAGGCUGUAAACAUGUUUAUUUCUGCUGUAAAGUUGGGCAUUGUAACAUGGGGGGUCUGUGGGGACUGGCAGGCUUCUGGAGCCAGCCUCAAGUGGUUGUUCAAAGAACUGCAGUUUUUAGCACUUCCUGUUGGCUCUAUGUUUUAGCCCCGCAGGUCGCCGCUUGCUUGGCACAUGGGAGAAGUUUCAGUUGGUAGCAAUCUGCAACCUAAAUCCUACACACUGGACCAUUAAGUCUUUCGUUAUAUGUCACGUUAGUCAUGUUUCAAAGAGCUGAAAAACAGCUGCAUUUGCCACACGAUUCUUUCCUGUGGCCACACAUUGUUUUUGGACAUCCAAUGUUUCUGCUUCUUUCCAACCCAACUAUAGAUGACUCACAUGAUCCUAUAUUUUCAUUGUGGUAAACAAAAAUAAAUGCAAAUAAAUCCCUUUAAUAUGGUCACAUUGUUAAAUAAAUGGCAUAGCAUGUAAUUUCUAAAUAGGUUAAACCUCUUAAUAUUAAAUAUUGUAUGUGAUCCACUGCAUAGCAUUAAGUCUCAUCUUGCAAUGAGUACAUUGGUUAUGCUUCAUGUUGUGUGGCUGAAGCACACAUAUAAUAAGCUGCUAUGGUGUUACAGUUCAUUUCAGGAUGAAUUUUCUAGCUGCCACGCACUCCUAAAGUGUGUAACGUGUCACAUUUCAUACAUAAUGAUAUUCUCCUGCAGUAUUGGUUGACUGUUGCUCUCAGCUCAGCUGGACUGACAGGUGUAGUUGGCCGGUGUAAAGUUUAAUGAGGAUUCAGUUACACUGUGACCUCGAGCUUGCCUGUAAAAACAUAAUACACUGAGAAAAUGUGUGUGCAAGUGUAUGUGUAUGUAUACACAUGCUGUAAAUGAGAUUAGGGUCUAUGACACUUUAAGCCAGAGAAGGUUAGUGGGUGAGGUUAUACUGUACACAUAUAAAAUCAGAGUUUAGUCUUCUAUCAGCUCGAGAGCCAAAGUCCUAAACUAAAUUUAUUAGCUUGUCUGAAAAGCUGAAACAUGUCUGUGGGAUUCACAAAACGUGACUGUGUCAUUCAGUUGGCUAUAAGCUGCUGUUUUAAGAGCCAUGGGGACUUAUUUCAGACAGUCCCUCCCCCUCAGAGGCCACACAGACUGACAGAGCUGCAGGUCAGAAAAGGUGAUUUAAUCUCUGGGCAACUGUGUACGUGCUCGCCUCUAACAUCCGAUGAUCUCACGGGCAGAAAUGUUCUUGUGUUUGUGAUUGGCCAGUUGUCCAGAUGACGUGGGAGAUUUCCCAUUCAUCACUGUAGUAAAGGCCAAAAGGAGGCAGUGGGGUGAAACAGUAAUCCUGAAAACAGUUCUAUUGUGGUUUCAUCUCUUGAGGCUAAAUUAAACAAUAUUAGGGCUAAGCUUCAAGCUGGGUGACUGUGAGAAGCCUGUUUUUCUGCAGAGAAAUAAAUAAGAUAAGACCAAAACAAAAAUACAGUGCAAACUUUCAUUAUUUGAUGCUUAAGAAAAAAAGCUUUUGGAAAAGUAAAAUGAACCAAGAAUACAGUUUUAAACGACUAGACACUUGCACAACCAUAAUGAACUGUAAAUAAAUAGUUUAGAUGGGAGUUUAUGACAUAAGGAUUACCUUUGCAUUAAAAAAUAAAUAUAAUUAUACUGAAUUUAAAGGAGUUGUCUGCUAUAAUGCACUGACAGUCAAACGUGUCUGGGUAAACAGGUUUACCUCAGGCCAGUCAAAGCAAGUGCUCCCUCAAUUAAUUAGUCCGUGCUAAACCUCUUUGGGGCAUGAAAUCAUCCCAACAGCAAUCCACACAAAUCUCCGCCCUUACCCAGUGCAGGUAAAUUAGCCUACAUGCCCUUGAUCUCCGGAAAACAUGCGUAUCGCCACAUCCAGUCACGCCACAUACCUGAAUGUACAGUGAGUGCAUGUGUCAAUAUACAUGUGCUCGGCAAAAAGUAAUCCUAAUCUACCAUCACAUCACACCAUCAGAUAGAUAGAUAGAUAGAUAGAUAGAUAGAUAGAUAGAUAUGAGGGGUUUCGAGGGAUAAAAAUUCCUAAGUGUGUGCGAUGAGAGAUGGAUUUGAUUUUUAAAAGAGAAGUGAGGUAGAAGGAUAGCUUUCCGAGCAGUGCCUUAUAAACAAAAAGGAGACAAUGUUUUCCCCUUCUAUCAGUAAGAGAACGCCAUCCCACAUUCUGAUACAGCUCAGAUAUUGAUAUCACGAUAAUAUCGUUAUCAUGAACUCUUUUAGCCACCAAUUACUGAUAAUCAUGCAGUAAAAAUCUGAUAUCGUGGCAGCCCUAACAUGUAACCUCAUCCAAUCUGGCAUAAAAUCAGACAAAAAGACACUUAUCAUACAGUUCAUCUCUGAAAACACCAGAUUUUUGUUUUAAAUAAAGGUAUGGGAAAUAUAAAAAUGAUUGCUGUCAACACCCCUAUCUGAGCUUAAUCCAAAUUGUCUAAUUAAAAUAUGCACAAUGAAAGCUGUAAUUACAGAGCUGUCUGUCUGUGAACUUAGACAUUAGAAAAAUGAAUAAUUCAAUCACAAAAGAAAUGCCUCCACAACAGAAUGUCUGGCAUUUGAAAGGCAGGGGAUUUAGAGACUUUGGAGACACGUGCACAGACAGUUAUCCUACUUUGGGAUGACCACUUCACAGUAUGAGACAGAAGAGGAGAGCAGGAGAGACACGGAGGUCAGCGCCUCACCUUCUCAAGUGAGCUACUUUACAGUCAGAGCUGUUGGACAAAUAGGGAGCCAGAGAGAGACCGUUCUGCUGGCAGGGUGUGACUCACUUUGCCUCAUUUAAGACAUCAGUGUAGAAUUUAUAUUGCAGAAGGCUGCGAGAGAAGAAAACAGAUUGACACAAGAGUCGUGUCUUGUAUUAUUGAGAUACCAUGACACAGCAGAUCAGUGGCUCACCGUUCCUCAAGCCCUUCUUCCUGAAGACGCCCGUCCGAGUGGUCAGCCCGCUGAGACAGAGACGACACACACUACCCGCCAGUGAGUUCAGGAACCUCACGCCACAGGAUGCCAUCAGUGUGUUUGAGAUUGAGAGAGAAGCAUUUGUCUCUGUGUCUGGCGAGUGUCCACUUACCCUGGAUGAAGUGCUUAACUUCCUGGGUCAGUGCCCUGAGCUGUCUCUGGGUUGGUUUGAGGAGGGACAGCUGGUAGCGUUCAUCAUCGGCUCUGGCUGGGACAAGGAGAGGCUUUCGCAGGAGGCAAUGACUCAACAUGUCCCCCACACCCCCACUGUGCACAUCCACGUGCUGUCAGUACACCGUCACUGUCGCCAGCAAGGCAAGGGCUCCAUCCUCUUGUGGCGCUACUUACAGUACCUGCGCUGUGUGCCGGGCCUCCGCCGAGCUCUGCUGAUUUGCGAGGACUUCCUGGUGCCCUUCUACCUCAAGGCCGGCUUCAAGGAGAAAGGACCAUCAGCCAUCUCCGUAUCCAACAUGCAAUUCCAAGAGAUGGAGUACAUGCUCGCUGGGCAGGCGUAUGCACGGCGAAACAGCGGCUGCUAGUCCAUGAACCCCCCUACCCCACCCUCCUUCCACUUACUCACCUCUAACAUGGACUCAGGGCAGAUAAGAUUAACAAAACACAGCCGGGAGAUGGACAGAUAGAGGCACGGGACCAUGUGUGCACCAGUGAACUGGGUUCAGUAAUGGUUACAAGGACCUCCUGAUGUCUGCACUGCACAGUAUCCCACUAAGCAAGGAGUGAGGUCUUUGUGAGGAGAGACCAAGAGUGGAUCAAUGCAGAAGAGGAACCAGUGGCUUUGCUGACAUCAAAUUAAACUCCCCUGUCACCAUUUGCAUCUUGGCUUUGUUAACUUAAUGUUAUUUCUCCAUUUAUUUGUCACAAAUCAGUGUAUUAAUGUAUUCAAUUCAUUUAAAAAAAAAAAUCAGCAUUAUAUCUGGAGUUGUGAUGUAAAUACUGUUCUAUUUUUGUAAACCAUAUAAAUGAAAAGGUGUUAUGA